GAAUUAUUUGAAGACGAUUAACGCAAAAGAUUUCUUGAUCAGAACCAGCAUAAGCUUCCUCAGAGGAUUUCAUGAUCGAUUUUCAUGUAAAUGUUUUAACAUGAUUUGAUUGUGGAUCUUCUGAUAGAGGAAAACUCAUGAGAUUUGAAGAUAUUCAACUCAUGAUCGAAAAAUGGAUUCUCUUGUCACCUCAAAGGAUCAAUCAAUGUCGAUUUUGCAAGGAGAAGAUCUUACGUCAACAAAAUCGGCACAAUGCACCGUUACAUGCAUGUAUCAAGCAUACAUUGGCGGCUAUUGGCGAACUGUUAUGGCACUUUGGACCAAAAACAUAAUAAAUCACUCGCUUAACAUUUUUGUAGAUAGUGUGGAAUCUAAACAUCGCCACAACUGCAAGAUUGAUCUCAAGCCAUGGCACUUUUGGGGGAAAAAGAGUUACAAGACUUUCGAGGUUGAUGGGCUCCAAAUCGACAUAUAUUGGGAUCUUCGGUCAGCAAAGUUUUCAGGGUCUCCAGAACCAUGCUCAGAAUUCUAUGUUGCAUUAGUUUGUGACGAGGAAGUUGUGUUGCUGAUGGGGGACUUGAAAAAGAAGGUAUACAAAAGGACAAAGUCACGUCCAGGUGCAGCCGAGGCCCUCCUGUUUUUCAAGAAAGAGCACAUGUUUGGAAAGAAAAGUUUCACAACAAGAGCAAAAUUUGAUAAAAAUCGAAAAGACUACGAAAUCGUGGUCGAAAGUUCAACAAUAGGACCAAAAGACCCUGAAAUGUGGAUAAGCAUUGAUGGAAUUGUGCUGAUCCACAUAAGAAAUUUGCAAUGGAAGUUCCGUGGUAACCAAAUAGUCAUGGUGAACAAGCAACCAAUCGAGGUGCUAUGGGACGUGCAUGCAUGGCUUUUUAUGAACCCUGGCUCUAGCCAUGGGUUGUUUAUUUUCAAACCUAAUCAACCCAUUACAGAGACUGAUAAAGAUGUUAGCAAAGAAGCCUGCGAUGAUUACAAUAACAGUAGCAUAAACAAGUAUCAUUCGACUGGAAGAAGUCACAUACCCCAACAAUGCUGCCUUUUUCUUUAUGUAUGGAAAAUUGAAUAGGCUAAUUAUUAUCAUACAUAAACUACAUGUGUAAACAAACAAUAGAAUUUUUAAAAUUUAGAGUAAA